AUGCCUGUUAACUAUCCAGUAAAAACAGACGAAGAUCAAAAUGAUUUAACCGCACCUUACUAUGAACAAGAAGCGUUCUAUUCAAUAUGGGAUGCAUUACAAUGGAAACAUGUGCGAAAACGCGUACCUGUCUGUUUGAAGAAGACGUUAUACAAUCGAUAUAUGUUGGCGAAUUUGAUCUAUAUUGGAUAUACCAUUUCCUUGCUAAUUCUUGAUUUUCAUCCUGACUUCAGUAUACAAAGUGUUGACGAAUCAAGCAAUGGUACAAUUUCUGACAUAAGUAUUCUGGAUCAGCCGGUGCAAAUGAACGAAUACGCCAAUCGAAUUUAUAUUGGUUUAGCGGCAGUGAAUAUUCUUGUCGCUUUUCUUUAUAUCCUAGCAUGGCGUGGACGAUCAUGGUUUGAUGUUGUUCUCAUUCCAGAAUACCUUAAUCAUGUUCAAGCUGGACUCUAUCUAUGGUCAGCAAUAUGGUAUUCUAAGCAGGACACACUUGGCGGUUAUUAUACAAUGGCUGUACAUCGAAUUGAACUAAGCGCAUCAUGUAUUGAACUUUGUGCUGCAGUUGGCUGGAUGGUUUCGUGGUAUAUGACUUAUACGAGAACGAUAGGACGUGGCUUUACUCUGGAUGAUCCAGACACAAUGGCAUAUCUAACAACAACAUCGAACACACUUAUUUAUCUUGUAUAUAAUAUUCAAAUGAAUGUUUAUCCUGAACAAUAUGGAAGUAAUCAAUUAUUUGCUUACGCAGAUAUUCUUGGCUUUAUUGGAUCGGUUUAUUAUAUUUGUGGGACACUGAGAGAUGAGAACUGGUUUUGGUUUUUGCCUUUAGCUGGGCAGUACGGACUUGCUGCUGGUAGAAUUCAUAUUGAUACGCGAACUUUACCGAAAUUUGGAUGCGACAAUAUUAUCAUCACUGAUUUAUGUCGACGUCGAAAAAUAAAAGAAAACGAGAAAGAAUAUCAAGAACCAAAUACGAACAUGAAUGUUUUAACAACAUAUUUUUGA